AUGUGCAGAUGGACGCCGUCCGUAGCUCAUCUCUGUCCUGAACCUGCCCUCGGCACCACCACUCCUGCAGCCUCCGCUGGGCGACCUCUCCCCCUGCCCAGCGCAGUCUCCCUUUGCCUGGCAUGCUUCACCCUGCUCCUGGUCACCGCUGGCACUGCCACAGGGGCCUGUCCUCCUGGGGUUGGGCAUGAGCCCCUUCAGGUGAUGGCGAGCGGCAUCAACUGUUCAUGGACACUGGAAAGGCACACUCGCAGUUACAAUCACCUAGAGGGCGACGUCCGACUACGGCGACUUUACUCUGCCAACAAGUUCUUCCUCUGCAUUGACAAAACGGGCAAGGUGGACGGCACUCGGCGGAAAAACUACGCAGACAGCCUGAUGGAAAUCCGAUCUGUCAGUGUGGGAGUUGUUGCCAUCAAAUCUGUCAGCACCGGGCUGUACUUAGCUAUGUCCAAGAAAGGCACGCUCUUUGGGUCGGUAAAGUACAACCCGAGCUGCAAGUUCAAGGAGCGUAUCGAGGAGAACGGCUACAACACGUACGCCUCCCUCCGCUGGAAGCACGGCGGCAGGCAGAUGUUUGUUUCGCUGAACGGGCGGGGGAAGCCGCGGCGAGGUCACAAGGCCCGACGAAGGCACCCGUCUACUCACUUCCUGCCCAUGCUCCCCUCCUAGCUGCCCCAGUCUGAACUCUGACCGGCAACUGACUGGCUCACCUGCCCCCUCACACUAGUGUUGAUAUAGCCGUGACGACGAUCUUUAUUUGUAUUAUUCCAUCUUCCUGUCACAUAAAUGUACAUUUGUUGAGGUCUGUAACAUUUGUAGAGUUAGUAUAAUAUGUACUUUUAAAUUAUUUCUCCAUUUUCUAAUGAUGUUCAGUAAUGCAGUCCAAUACCUUAGAAUUAUACUAUCUUCAGGCAUCUGUCUGUGUGUCUGAACUGCAUGUUAAGCAGCGUUUGGUGACUUUAAGAGACUGUAAGAGGACUGAAAAGGGACAGCAAGGCUUGGAAAUAACAAAAUGUGGCUCACUGCUUUGUUAUUUAGUCUAUUUUAGAUGAUAAGCUAAAUAAGAAGAGAAACAUCUGGUACAGCAACAAUGAAAUUUACCUAACCUGUGAUAAAUGACAAGUAUCACUAUUGGAAAAGGAGGCAACUUUGAAAUAGCCACAAAUCAGGGUCAUAGCUACCAUUGAGGACACAGUGGUCAUUCCCUCAGUAUUCAUGGUGGGUUUUUGGGGGGAGUCACAUUCGUUGAUUAAAAACUUACACAUAGUGGGUAGUUCAUAGACCCAUUCCAGUGAUUUUAAACUUGAUAUUGCAUAUUUAGCCUUACAAAAAAAGCAUAUGUGAAUUUAUUUACCUUGUUAAAAGCAUUUCUUCCUCACAUGUGGAGCACCAUUUCACAUAUGACAAAUUCCCAUUGUGAUUUCUGGCUGUCUAAAAUAUGAAAUCUGUAUGUAGAAAGUAAGAAAGUAAUAUUACAUGUGCAUAUAACAUAUAUCUACAUACUGGCACAUGCUUGACCACAUGUGACAGUGCAUUUCUCUGAAUUUCCAGGUACAAAAUGUUUUUUGAACAUUUUACAUGUGAAAUGACUUUCACAUGCUGUUUUUCUAAGGCUAAACUGGACUACAUUUAGGGGGAAAAAAGACAUAUUAAUUUAAAAAAAAUGUUUUAACACUCAAAUUUUUUUUUCUGUGGAGUAAUUAAAAAUGAAAAAUCACUGUCACUGUUGCUUGGGAUAUACUGUACUGACACUACUGGAUAAGAGACACUGAUCUGCACCUGAACUGUACAGAUGAGAUGUUCUGUCUGUAUAGGUCUACAUAUGACAGGAACACAACAGAAACUAAGCUUAUUACUGCGAUAAAAUGCUGGAUUUUCUGAGAUGACCUUUGUAUGUUUGUGCAUGCUUCUGUCAGACUGCUUCUCCCAUUCAACAACCCAGGGCUAAUAGAUUAGAAAUCAAUUAUCAGGAAAAAAAAUGCAUUGUGUCUCAUCUAGUCUCUGAUUCUUGGUCCUUAGUUCAGUCGUGAAAUAAUACUAUACGUUUUGAGUCAUUUAAUGCAUUAUAGCAGCCGUAGCUAAACCAGAUGUCACUAGCAGAAACUUUGUUAAUUUCGUACACAGUAGUAAAUGGUUAUGACAUCCUGCCUCUCUGUCAAGUCUUGCUAACAUUUUCUCAAGGCUGUCGCUAAUAGAACAUUUAAUAUAUUUAAAACAUUUUGUACUCUUUAACUGUUUGAAGUUGGUGUUUAUUGUUACUGUCGACUUUUUGUGUUGAUUGUAGUCAUACUGUUAAAAAAAAGAAGGGAAAAAAGUAAUCGUAUUCAAGUCCAUAUUCAGCUCAUUUUGUAUGGUAUUACUACUGGGUAUUGGUACAUGUGUGAUCCACUUAUCAUAAACAGCUUUCAGCUAUAGGCCAGUAAUAAUAGUUUGUAUAUAAGGCCAAAAUCUCAGAACAAACAGUCUUUAGAUUCGUUUCAGCAAAGUAAAAUCAUUUGAG